CCAUAGCAUCGGGGGAAUUAUUUGAGAUACGAUAUCUGAGCAAGCUACUUUUAUUCUUUUACCAAGACAACCUGAAAUAUUUUGAAAUAAUGAUUACUACAUGGAUGCGUGACUCCUUGGCCGACAUUUUGCGUACCAAUCGCCAUGCAGACUGCAAAUUUAUUAUCGAAACUGCGGAAGGAAGUAAGGUAUUUCUGUGCCACAAGCUGAUCUUUAGCUGCGCCUCUGAGGUGUUCGAUCGCAUGCUCUAUGGCAACUACAAUGAGUCCAGCAGCGGAGAAGUGAAGCUGAACGACGUGGAGCCAAAGGUGUUUGAGAAGUUUCGUGAAUAUGUUUACGGCUACGAUGACGAGAGGCUUGAAGUAUACGACUUUGACACACUUGUAAAACUAGCAGAGUUCGGCAACAAGUACCUGGUAGAGUCCAUCAAGGAGGACUGUGUGCGACAUCUACUAUACCGCAAGGAAAUGUUCGACACAGACGAGCUUCUGCGUCUUUUCCAGUGCGCGCACACACUGAAUUACUCGUUGCUGAUCGACCAUGUCUCUCGUGACCUCAAGAAUCACGCCAAGAGGGUGCUCAACCACUCGGCCAUUUACCAGUUUAGCACAGAUGUGCAAACACGUGACAACGGAGGUGACUCUGUUCCCGCAGCAUUCAGCACUCAGCAUUCGGCUGAUGAACUGGCUGGUGAGGACAACGCGUCCGACUACCCAAUGACGAUGACGCCUCAGAGCCGACAAUGA